AUGGGGGGCAGAUCAGCAAACAAGGCCGGUUACUUCGACAAGCUCAAGGGUCUCCUCGAGGAGUACUCCAGCAUCUUCAUCGUCACAGUCGACAAUGUCUCCUCGCAGCAGAUGCACGAGAUCAGACUCGCCCUCCGUGGUGAGGGUGUUGUCUUGAUGGGAAAGAACACUAUGGUCCGUCGUGCCGUCAAGGGCUUUAUCAGCGAUAACCCAGAAUACGAGCGUCUCCUCCCAUUCGUCAAGGGCAACGUCGGCUUCGUUUUCACCAAUGGUGACCUAAAGGAAAUCCGUGACAAAAUUCUUGCCAACAAAGUUGCUGCUCCAGCCAGAGCUGGUGCCCUUGCCCCAGCAGAUGUCUACGUCCCAGCAGGUAACACUGGUAUGGAACCCGGAAAGACCUCCUUCUUCCAGGCUCUCGGUGUCCCAACCAAGAUUGCUCGUGGUACCAUCGAAAUCACAACAGACUUGAAGCUCGUUGAGGCUGGUAACAAGGUCGGAGCCUCCGAGGCCACUCUUCUCAACAUGUUGAACAUCUCUCCCUUCACCUAUGGUAUGGGUAUCUCCCAAGUCUACGACCAGGGCAACACUUUCCCACCAGAGGUUCUUGACAUCGAAGAGUCUCAACUUCUCAAGACAUUCUCCAGCGCCAUCACCACCAUUGCUGCCAUCUCUUUGGCUGCCAACUUCCCAACUCUUCCAUCUGUUAUGCACUCAGUUGUCAACAGCUACAAGAAGGUCCUUGCUGUUGCCAUCGCAACAGACAUCGAGUGGGAUGAGAUUAAGGAGUUGAAGGACCGCAUUGCCAACCCAGACGCUUAUGCCUCUGCCGGACCAGCUGCUACAUCUACCGAUGCCGCCCCAGCCGCCGCUAAGGAGGAGGAGAAGAAGGACGAAUCUGAGGCUGAGGAGUCUGGAGAUGAGGGAUUCGGAGGCUUGUUCGACUAA